ACUGCUCUGAACUGCUAGUGCUUGUUCGAGCAAAAACUUGUUCCCAGCACAAACGAUGGCGGCCGCCGUGUCAGUUAGCACAGCUGCCAGAGAGGAGAAACCCUAUGCAGGGCCCAAUUGUGGUUCCCGUCCAGUAACGUAUGAAAGUUACGGUAAUGUUGUAGAACAGGAGGAAUGGGUUUUGGGGGAACGAAGGGAUCCAGAUGUCGAGAGUACUGAUGAAAAUGCAUCCAUUGGUAGUGAAUGCCAAAGAAGAGGUGAUGAUGAGUUGCCUGUUUUGAGCCCCGAAGAGAUUGAAAGCCGAUUAGAGCGGACUCGGAGAGAGUUUUACAAUCGUCGGAAGAUCAUCAUCAAAAAUCUUCCUUCCGACAUAACAAAUCAGGAGGUGCAUGAACUGCUGAGCAACUAUGACCUGAAGUACUGCUUUGUUGAUAAGUAUAAGGGGACAGCUUUCGUCACACUGCUGAAUGGCGAGCAGGCCCAGCAUGCCAUUGCCGAGUUCCACCAGCACAUGCUGCGUGAGCGCGAGAUCUCUGUGCAGCUGCAGCCCACGGAUGCACUCCUGUGCAUCGCCAACCUGCCACGCGCCUUCAGCCAGCAGCAGUUCGAGGAGCUGGUGCGGCCCUUCGGCAACCUGGAGCGCUGCUUCCUGGUGCACAGCGCCGUCACCGGCCACUCCAAGGGCUACGGCUUUGUGGAGUACAUGAAGAAGGACUCGGCUGCGCGCGCUAAGUCGGAGCUGCUGGGCAAGCAGCUGGGCUCACGCAUGCUCUACGUGCACUGGACCGAGGUGGGCUCGCUCACCUUCCCCAUGCUGCAUUCCCGCUGCCUCUGUGUCGACCGCCUGCCCCCCAGCCUGGUCAGCGCACAGGACCUGCUAGCCUCGCUGGCCGACACGCAUGCACCCAUCUUCUGCCAGCUCGCUCAGGGACAGGAUGGAAGUUUCCGGCGCUUUGCCGUGCUGGAGUUCUCCACGCCGGAGAUGGCCGAGGAGGUGCAGCGGGUGGCAGAUGGCCGGGCGCUAGGUGGCACCCAUAUUCGAGUCUCCUUCUGUGCCCCUGGACCACCGGGCAGGAGUAUGCUGGCUGCCCUCAUUGCAGCCCAAACCAUGGCUCUAAACCGAGGCAAAGGGCUGCUGCCGGAGCCCACGGCCAUGCAGAUCCUCACCGGCCUCAGCAACCCGGCCACACUCAAGAUGCUGCUCACGCCUCUGGCCCAGGGCCGCAAGCAGGGUCUGUUGGGUGCUGCUCCCACCAUGCCCCUGCUGACUAACCCCGCCCUCUCCGCUGCCCUACUGCAGCUCCUGCUUCAGAACCAGGCCCAAGUCCAACAGGCCGGACUCCUGGGCGAGAACCCAUUGGCGACUCACGCCCUCCAACAAGGCGUCAACAUGCUGGGCGAUCUACCUCAAGGCGGUAUGGUUCCAGGUCUCGCACUGCCAGCAGAGUCUCCGGGCCCCAUUAAGCCCCCCUCCCUUGGUCGUCACCAUGGCCGUGAGCAGGAGUCCCCCACCCCACCUUGUAGCUUCCCCUCCACCCCCUCCCCCGCACUGCAAGGGCUGCCCAUGCCACUCUUGGGGGGCGUGCUCGCAGCCGAGGCCCCCACCAUGCUCGGGUCCCUGUUAGGAGACCCUCCUAAAGACGGGGGGGUGUCCCAGAAUCCCUUCCUGAACAACCCCAACGUUUUCCCCUCUGCCUCCAGCAGCAGACCCCACCCAUACAGCCACGCCUACAGGAAGAGGCCCACGUUAGGAGGCACGGUCAGCCAGCGCUCAGGCCACACCCUCCACUCCAGCUUUAACCUGCGCUACCAGGACUCCUAUACCCCAGAGUACCCACCCCAGCACCAGGACCCUCUGUCUCAUUUGUAUGAGCCAGAGACUUUGGACGGUGCAGCGCUACCAGGGUUUGGUGUUCAGCAGCCUUCUCGCCCCUCUAGCUUUAGUGACCGUCUCCCCGCCUAUCGCUACCCCCCCAGCCCUCCCCACAACUCCUAUUUCAGCUUUGGGGCUCCGGGAAGCAACCCCUCCACCCAGCUCAAUAAGGCUGUCGGGAUGCCCCCUGUAAGCCACAGUAGUCUGUACUCCGCCACCCCGGGGAGCGAAAUGAAGACUCCGAUUGGAGGGCACAAGCGCCUCUUCUCCCGACUCAUCCCCGAGCCCGAGCCCAGCCCCGAGGGCGGCUACGUGGGCCAGCACUCUCAGGGUCUGGGCGGCCACUACGCCGACUCCUACCUGAAGCGCAAGCGCAUCUUCUAAGGACCCCCUCCUUCUCCUACUCCUCCUCCAGUGUGUACAUGCCUACAGCAGACCCCCAGAGGGCCCUGUAGGGUGCAGCCUGUUGCUCUUGUGGCGUGCGUGCCAGUCAUUGGGAUUUAGUUUUUGUUGUGUUUUUAUUUUUAAUCAAAACUUUGUUUCCUAGUCUUUUGUAAAUAUGUUUUUCUUUUUCCAGUGUGUAUGUAAAUUUAAGUUUUUAAUUAUUUUGUUUAUUAUAGUUUUUAAGAAGUUUUUGGAAACCCAUGUUGAGUACAGCUCGUCAGGCACAGCAGAGUCGACGGUUAAUUUUCCUCAAGUCUGGGGAGUCCUUUCUUUGCUUGGCUGUUAUUAUUCUUAAGCCUUAUUUUAUUUGGUUAGUUUGGUGGUGUGUUGACUGGUUUCUUUAAUUUUUAUUUCCCAACUUCCUGUCAGUAUUUUUUAUUUAUUUUUUAUCCUUUUUUUUUUUUAAAUAAUAAUAUAUCUAUACACAUAUAAUAUGUGUGUGUAUGUAUAUAUAGCUGAAUGGGAUGGUGCUUUUCUUUUUUUUUUUUUUUUUCUGACCCUCAGGGUUAGCGUAGAGAAUGUAACCUGGACUGGCCUGUCGGUGCAGUGCUGAUGCUAACCGUCUUAAUGUCUCCUUGCUCUUCUACCAGCGUCUUGUGUGUCUCCUUCUCUGUCUGUCUGCUAAAAAUAAGAUCUUGUCUGUCUUUGAUUAAAAAAAAAAAAAAAAAUGUAUUUUUUCAUUUUCACUCUCCACACUUAUC